CCCACCUCCAUGCCAGCCCUGCUCCAGGCGGGGUCUUCUGGGGCAGCAAAGAGGGGGAUGCCUGACUGGGCUCUCUAAGUCACUGUGAGCCCCCUCGCUCUGGUGGGGUUGGCCCCCACAACCCUGCUCCUGCAGCCCCAGAGUCCCUGGCUCCCUGAGGGGAUGGGUCCACGUUGUUAGCCAGGGGUAAGAGUUGGGGCUCCUGCUUGGGCACCAGCCCAGCAGCCCCCAGCAGCCCUCUUCAUCUCCCACCUCCACUGCGGGGCCUCGCUUCCGGCACUGGGGUGAGGAGCUGAGACCGCCCGAUAAACUGAGCUGCUUCCUCUGGGGCAGGAAGGGAGGGUGGGGGCCAGCGCGGGGUGGGAGGAGGACUCGUGCCGCCAGGUCAGCUGAGCACCCAUGGACCCCAGCAGCAGCAGGCCCAGGGAGCAGCUGAGUGGCCCCCUGGUAGACCUGCUGCAAGAACAGACAGAACCUCCGUCACACCACUUACCCCCAGAGGAGCGGGCCCUGCUCUACGAGGAAGCGCUGUACACAGUCCUGCACCGCCUGGGGCAGCCAGAGCCAGACCACGUGAGUGAGGCCUCGGAGCUGCUGCACUACCUGCAGGAGGCCUUCCACAUAGAGCCCCAGGAACAUGAGCAGCUGCUGCGACGGGUCCAGGAGCUUGAGAAGCCGACAUUCUGUCUGAAGGCCACAGUAAAGCAGGCUAAGGGCAUUCUGGGCAAGGACGUCAGUGGCCUCAGCGACCCCUACUGCCUGCUGGGCAUAGAGCAAGGGGUGGGCGUGCCCGGGGGCAGCCCCACCUCUCGGCGAAAGCAGAAGGCUGUGGUGCGGGAUACCAUCCCAGAGGACCAGACCCACCGCACCCAGGUCAUCACUCAGACGCUCAACCCGGUUUGGGACGAGACCUUCAUCCUGGAGUUUGAGGACAUAGCCAGUGCCAGCUUUCACCUGGACAUGUGGGACUUGGACGCUGUAGAGUCGGUGAGACAAAAGUUGGGCGAGCUCACAGACCUACACGGGCUGCGAAGGAUCUUCAAGGAGGCGCGCAAGGACAGGGGCCAGGAUGACUUCCUGGGCAAUGUGGUUCUAAGGCUGCAGGACCUGCACUGUCGUGAGGAUCAGUGGUACCCCUUGGAACCCUGCACCGAGACCUACCCAGAUCGUGGCCGCUGCCACCUCCAGUUCCAGCUCAUUCACAAGCGGAGAGCCACGGCAGCCAGUCGCUCCCGGCCCAGUUAUGUUGUACAUCGCCACCUCCUGCAGCAGUUGGUGUCCCACGAGGUCACCAAGUACCAGGCGGGCAGCACCUCCUGGGAUGGAUCACUGAGUCCCCAGGCUACUACCAUCCUCUUCCUCCAUGCCACGCAGAAGGACCUGUCCGACUUUCACCAGUCCUUAGCGCAGUGGCUGGCCUACAGCCGCCUCUACCAGAGCCUGGAGUUUCCCAGCAGCUGCCUUCUGCAUCCUAUCACCAGUAUUGAGUACCAGUGGAUCCAGGGCCGGCUCAGAGCUGAACAGCUGGAAGAGCUGGCCACCUCCUUCAGCUCCCUGCUGGCCUAUGGCCUUGCCCUCAUCCGGAAGUUCCGAUCUGUCUUUCCCCUGUCCAUCCCCGACUCCCCAGCCCGGCUGCAGUCUCUCCUCAGGGUCCUGGCACAAAUGUGCAAGACGAAGGCCUUCGGAGAACUGUGCCUGGACAGUCCCCCACUGUCUCAGCUGGUGACUGAGGCCCUCCAGACAGGCACAGUUGAGUGGUUCCACCUGAAACAACAGCAUCAUCAGCCCAUGGUGCAGGGCGUGCUAGAAGCUGGCAAGGCCCUGCUGGGCCUGGUGCAGGAUGUCCUCGGCGAUCUGCACCAGUGCCUGCGCACCUGGAACAAGAUCUUCCACAAUGUCCUCAGAAUUGACCUCUUCUCCACGGCUUUCUGGGAGCUACAGGGCCUGGUGGCCAAGCAGGCGCAGGACCACAUGGCUACCGUGUGCUCCCCUGUGUCCCCAGAGGUGGGCGAGAGUCUCUUCCAGCUCUAUGUCAGCCUCAAGGAGCUCUGCCAGCUAGGCCCACUCCCCUCUGAGAGGGACAGAGUCCCGGCCCUGGAUGGCUUCCACUGCUGGUUUCAGCCAGCCAUCCCCUCCUGGCUGCAGAAGACGUACAGCGUGGCCCUAGAGCGCGUGCAGCGCGCCGUGCAGAUGGACCAGCUUGUGCCCCUGGGUGAACUGACCAAGCAUAGCACGUCGGCCGUGGAUCUGUCCACCUGCUUCGCCCAGAUCAGCCACACUGCCCGGCAGCUGGACUGGCCGGACCCAGAGGAGGCUUUCAUGAUCACUGUCAAGUUUGUGGAGGACACCUGUCGUUUGGCCCUGGUGUACUGCAGCCUUAUCAAGGCCCGAGCCCGGGAGCUGUCUGCAGGCCAAAAGGACCAGAGCCAGGCAGCCGACAUGCUGUGUGUGGUGGUGAACAACAUGGAGCAGCUGCGGCUGGUGAUCGACAGGCUGCCCUCCCAGCUGGCCUGGGAAGCCCUGGAGCAGCGGGUCGGGGCCGUGCUGGAGCAGGGGCAGCUACAGAACACACUGCACGCCCAGCUGCAGAGUGCGCUGGCCGGGUUGGGCCAUGAGAUCCGUACAGGAGUGCGCACACUGGCUGAACAGCUGGAGGCGGGCAUCGCCAUGCACAUCCAGAAGCUCGUGAGUGUCCGGGACUCCGUCCUGCCUGAAGAUGCCAUCCUGCCUCUGAUGAAGUUUCUGGAGGUGAAGCUCUGCUACAUGAACACCAACCUGGUACAGGAGAACUUCAGCAGCCUCUUGAGCCUGCUGUGGACUCACACCCUAGUGGUGCUGGUGGAGGCCGCCACCGCCCAGCGCAGCUGCCCCCUGGCUUCCUGCAGGCUCAAGACUGCCCUGCAGAACCUGGAGAUUUGCUUCCACGCUGAGGGCUGUGGCCUACCGCCGGAGGCCCUGCACACAGCCACCUUCCAGGCUCUGCAGAGGGACCUGGAGCUGCAGGCGGCCUCCAGCCGGGAGCUCAUCCAGAAGUACUUCUGCAGCCGGAUCCGGCAGCAGGCAGAAACCACCUCUGAGGCCCUGGGGGCGGUCACGGUCAAGGCCUCCUACCGCGUCGCGGAGCAGAAGCUUCGCGUGGAGAUCCUCAGUGCCUCCAGCCUGCUGCCGCUGGACUCCAAUGGCUCCAGUGACCCCUUCAUCCAAUUGACCUUGGAGCCCAGGCAUGAGUUUCCCGAGCUGGCCCCCAGGGAGACUCAGAAGCACAGGAAGGACCUGCACCCUCUGUUUGAUGAGACCUUUGAAUUUUUGGUGCCGGCUGAGCCUUGCCAGAAGGACGGGGCAUGCCUCCUGCUCACCGUGCUGGACCACGACACGCUGGGUGCUGACGACCUGGAAGGGGAGGCCUUCCUGCCUCUCUGCUCAGUGCCUGGGCUGAGUGGCUCUGAGGAGCCUAGUGAGGUGCCUCAGACCCGCCUGCCCCUCACGUACCCCGAACCCAACGGGGACCCAAUCCUGCAGCUGCUGGAGAGCCGGAAAGGUGACCGCGAGGCCCAGGUCUUCGUGCGGCUGAGGCGGCUGAGAGCCAAGCAGGCUUCCCAGCAUGCCCUGCAGUCAGGGCGGUAGCAGUGGAGGCUGAGGGGAGGGUGGGGACCUGCCAGGCCAUUGGCUUGCCCUCCAAGGUCCUCCUGCAGAGCAGAGCAGAGCCCCUGUGAUGGAGCACCAGCAGCUGUGUUUAUACUCCUUCCCCGCCUCCCCACCGCAGCCCUGACUCGGGUGUCCUGCUCUCCUCUUGGAAAAACUAGUUUUAGUGGAAUGGGGUCUUCUAGUCCACCUGUUCCAGGCUCUGGAGGGAACCAGGCCUGCAGAAGUGACAGCUGUGAGGGAAGGGAGCCUGGAGACUGGGCCUUGUGGCUCAGGACAGCAGGGGCUGUGGAGGGACCAGGGAAGACAGAGCGAAGACAGCACUUGUCACCUAGGAUCCUCAGAAAAACUAAUAAACCAUCCAGUCACCUCAGAAAGGACAUUCGUGGCCUGCAGCUAGCCCCCAAGGC